AUAAAAUAAACUUUUAAAACGAAUAACAUUAAUUUUCCCAUACUUUGAAAUCCCAACCAACUAAAUAAUAGAGCAGCUUAAACAUGUUUUAAGAAUCAACUUUUUUUGAUUUUUAGAACAUGUUUUUGACGACUUGCCUUUGUGCAUUGGAACUUAAAAUAACCUGCUCACAUGAAUGCUAAAUUGGUUUUAGGUGAAAGUUUUAGUGCUAAGUCCUUGAAACAGUUUUGUUGCCCUUGUGAAUCUAGCUUUAUAAAUUACACGUGCCAUAUUCAAGUCUCCCCAAAAUUGUCAAAAUUUUAAUUUUGCAGGACAGGGCUAUAUUAAUUAUAUUCUCAUCAAGUCUGUCCUUAUUACUUGGUGCCCAGUCUUUUUCUAUUCAACUUCUAAGCUCAUCUGAACUCUUUCUGUGUCUCAGAUACCUUACUGCUUGGGUACCCAUUAUACAACAUAACACUCUACACAGACCUCAUACAACCUACCUUUUACCUUAAUUGGCAAGACUCUAUUAGUCAACAAUUUGUUCUGAAUUAUCUCUAACGUGCCACUGUAAAGCUAAAUAUUUCGUUGUGUAUAGUUUCAUAUUUACACUACAAACCUAUGUCAACUCUUAACAUUUCCUCAAUACCAAUGUACCCAAUACUCAAAAGUGAUGCGACAAAAAACCAACUCCUUUUCUACUACAGUGUCAAACUUCACUCUAAUGCUGUGAAUCAUGACUUUAUUGCUGUGCUCUUAAGCCUUCCUCUCCUAGUCCUUUCUUCCACUACCUUAUCAAUUCAACUAAUUCAUCCAACUAUUUUGCUAGGACCAAAUUUAUACUGUUUUAAAAUUAUUUGAAGUUUAUUUUGUUUAAGCAAAGGCACAGUACUUGUUCAGCAUGUGAUCACCCACCACCACAUAAUGGAGGUUAUUAUUUUUAUUUUUAUUUUGUUUUUGUUAUUUGUGAUAAAAUUUGUUAGCUACCUCAAUAAAUCAUUUAGUGAUUGUUUUCUUUCUCUUCAUCUUCACUCAACAAAACGCUCAGCAAAGGACUCGUUUUAUAAUGGACAUUAACAGAGAUCAAAAUAUAUAAAAACCAGGAAUAGCUUGCUAAUUGGUUCAGUUAUAAACGGAGCUCCCUGGUUGCUUUUUAAUCUCUACAGCAGAAGUUUAACAUCAUCUAUCUCCUAUAACUUUAAAUUUAUUUGUUUUCUAUGCCAUAGGUUUGUCUAAUAUAUUUCGUUAUUUCAUUCAUUAACAAAGGAAUGACUGAAGAGGAGGCUGACCUAAAAAAUGAGAUUGCACGUUCAACUUACGCAGGUAUGUUGCAUGAUGGAGAAAGACAUAAAAAGUAUUUUGAAGCUUUGAAAUGCACAAUCAGUGAAAUGAUUAACCAACCGUUUAUACAAGCUCUAGACAUUGGAUGUGGGACAGGGAUUUUAUCCAUGAUGGCAGCCAAAGCAGGAGCAAAUUCUGUCUCAGCAUGUGAAAUGUUUAAACCGAUGGGAGACACAGCAAUUAAAAUUAUUGAGCAGAAUAAACUCAGUCAUAUUAUAAACGUUGUUAAUAAGUGUUCUACAGAUCUUGAAAUUGGAACGGAUAUGAGUUCUAAAGCUAAUAUUCUUGUUACUGAGAUAUUCGAUUCUGAAUUAAUUGGCGAAGGAGUUCUUCCAACAUUGCGUGAUGCACACAACAGACUGCUAACUCAUAAUUGCAAAGUUAUACCUGCAUCAGCAGAUGUCAAAGUACAGUUGAUUGAAUGUGAUAAAUUAUGGAGUAUGAACAAGUUUCAAUCAAAUGACCUUUUCUCUACGAAAGAGCUAUUAAAUUGUCCAGGACUAGCAUCUGGUCACGAGGUGCAAGUAAAUCAGUUAUACCCAAGAGAUAUAAAGCUGCUGAGUGAUUCAAUUACUAUGACUAGUUUUAAUUUUCACACUAAACACGAGCAUACUUGCGAUAACAAGUACUCUAUGACUAAGAAAUGCAUAAAUGUGGCACAGUCGGGAAUAAUACACGCAGUUUUGUUUUGGUGGGAUUUAAUUCUACAUAAGGAUAAAAAUAUUGUUUUGAGCAUGGAACCAAAAUGGAUGAGAAGUAAUGCAAAAUACGUGUGGCGAGAUCAUUGGAUGCAGGUGGUAUACUAUUUAAAACAACCACUGAAAGUUUCUCAGAAUGACAAUGUCUUUGCCACUAUGUUUUACGAUGAUUAUAGCGUAUGGUUUGAUGUGAAAUGCUGUAAUGUUACAGAUGUUGUAGACCGUCCCCUGUGUUCAUGUGGAUUACAUGUGGUUUGGUGUCGUGAGCGAUUUGCAUUAUGGAACAAUGUAGAAGUAUGUCAAAUGUUUACACACCUAAUUAAAAAAUAUGAGAUUGUAUCAAUUAUAGGAGAUGUUUCUUUAUUUCCAUUGCAUUCUAGUAAAACUGAUUUGAAAUAUUACGAAUGCUCAGAGUUUUCGAAACAAAUUAUUCACGAUUUGGCGAGUGAAAAUAAGAAAAAUAUCAAAAUUAUCAAAGAUUAUACGAAUGGUUUGCCAUUUUCUGGUAAUUUGCUUAUUGAUCCUUAUUUCUCAUCUUCCUUACUACCAUGGCAUCAUUGUUUAACGUUGUGGACAAUAGCACAAGAUCUUCAAAGUGUGUACAACAAUAAACUAAAAAUUUAUCCAUGUAAAGCAUUCUUAAAAGCUUGUGUCGUCGAAUUUUCUGAUUUAUGGAAAGCUUAUGCCCCUGUUGAGAAUGUUGAUGGUUUUAACAUGAAAGAAUUUGAUUCUCUGAUUGAAAAAGCUAGGUCACCUGUAAAAAUGUCUCAAGGUUUUUAUCAAGACGUUGAGCCAUACGCCAUGUGGGAAUAUGAAAACAGGUUGAUCAGUAAACCAAUGAUACUAGCAGAAUUUAAUUUUGAAAAGCCAAUGCCAGCGGUGGAGACGUAUUUCUCUGAAAGUUUAUGUAUUUCGAGAGCUGGGAUUGCACAUGCUGUUGUAUUAUGGGUAGAUUUUGUAAUGGAUGAAGAGAAAAUUUUUUCCACUGGUUUGACUUCCCAUGGUAGUUGGGUUGAUUACAUGAGACAAAGUCUUUAUUUCUUUGCUCAACCAAAACAUUAUAAAGCGAGUGAAAAGAUGGAAGCCAAUGUUGUUCUUGUACCGAAUGAUUCUGAGUUACUGUUUGCGUUCAUUUAAUUUUUAUUUGUUAUUUUUGAAUUUGUUUUAUAUAUACUUGCUUCUUAAUAGCAAAUUCUAAAAGAAUUAGUACCACUGCAAAGUUAUAUCUUUAAAAGGACCUUGUACAUUAUUUACUUUUUGAAAAAUACAUUAUUAGUUUUAUUGCUU